CCUAAAGUGUCAUUUCCUUGAAGGAAGGGACAGAGCUAUAUCCGCAUCUGCUAGAACAUGCCUGCAGUAUAGUAGGUGCUCAGGAAACACUCGUGUAGUAGAUAAAUGAAUGCGGAUGCCUCACGGGAAACUAAAACAUGCCAAGGUGAUCCCUGCUGCCUGUCAAGUCACACACACCUCUAUGGUUGUCUUUUCCAGAAAUUAAUUCCGUAUCAGCUCGAGUCCUGCUCUCUCUGGUGGUUCCGGGCCAUCUGAUUUUCUUCUAUAUCAUUUACUUGGUGGAAGGCCAUUUGGUCCCACAAAGUAAGAUGUUUGUGGUGUUCUAUCUGCUAGCAAGUCUGAUGCAGGUGACAAUUCUGCUGUACCUGGCAGAAGUGAUGGUUCGGCUCACGUGGCACCAGGCUCUGGAUCCAGACAGCCACUGCAUCCCCUACCUCACAGGGCUGGGGGACCUGCUAGGGACUGGCCUCCUGACACUCUGCUUCCUUAUCAACUGGUUAUUGAGGAGUGAAGCAGGGCUGGAUGACAUCUCAGACCCAGCAUCCGGGCCUCCCUAAUGAGCCCAGGCAGCCGUAUUUGCUCAGUAGAAUUUUCCUUCCCACCAGCAGGGUACAGAAUACAGUUUCUCCCUGACUAGGUCCUCAGGAAGGAUGGUUAACACCCUGAUUCUGCAGUGACCCUUUGUCAGUCUUCCAGGGACACUCACACAUCUUGACUCUGGAGUUGGAAGCUGAGCCUGUAAAGGUGAAGGAGACCUGAAAUCAGAGGCAGUGUUUGUGUACAUGUGACUGCAUGCUCCUGGGCUUGAGUGUGCACUCGUGCUGGGUGAGUGCAAAUAAGUGCAUGUGUGUGUGUGGAGAGCAGGAGACUCUGGCCUGAAGACGCUGAAGGAAGAGGCAUGUCCAGUGCACUGGGGGGAUGUGUGGGCAGUGUUCUGUGUCCACACAGCCUGUACUUGGAAGGAGCAGGAAGGAAACACUUUCUGUGCCUAUACCUCAGGACUGUGCUGUGGCUUACCCACAGGCUGACUAGAUCCAAGCUUCAUGGGCUAUUCUGCUGAUGUGCCUGCAAAUGUGCAACCCUUCCCAGGACAGCCCUUCCUUGCAUACCCUUGUGAUCUGCUCUUGGUAUUUAAUCCUGUCACUAUUUUUCUUUUUCUUUUUUUAUGUUGAAGCCAAACUUCUGUUUAGAUUUUAGUGAUCACAAAAGUAUAAAAUAAAACAUAGAUUAUAUUGUACUUGGCCUUUUGUGUCUU